AUGGGCAAGUCACUACCAGUCGCCAAGAAGGGGGAGACCUCAGUGGUGCCCAUUUCUUCUGAGCAGACCCUCAAAGCCUCAAAAGCCCUUCUGUCACAUAUGCAAAAGGCCGCCAAGGAAGCAGCCGCAUCCGCCGACAAGAAGAACCUUCUCGAAGAGUCCACCGAGGCUGAGACACCUAUCUGGCUGACGGCGACGACAAAGCGCAACGUACGCGAUACCAACAAGCUCAAGCCUGGUCGUGUCACGCUGCCGCACCCACUCAACCGAACAGACCCCGAGACUACCAUCUGCCUGAUCGUCGCGGACCCGCAGCGCUUCUACAAGGAUGUCGUCGCCAGCGAGGAGUUCCCCGAGGCCCUGGGCAAGCGCAUCACGCGGGUCGUUGACCUGAAGCACCUUCAGGCCAAGUUCAAGACGUUCGAGGCGCAGAGGAAGCUAUUCUCGGAGCACGAUGUGUUCCUGGCCGACGACAGGAUCAUUAACAGGCUGCCCAAAGCACUGGGCAAGACCUUUUUCAAGACUACGGCCAAGCGUCCCGUGCCAGUGAAGCUGCACCGGCCGGACAAGAAGGCCGACGGCGCCAAGUCCACGCCAGGGCAGAAGAAGGCCCAGAAGGAGCAGGGCAGCAGCGUCAAGCACGCCAAGUCGGCGGGCGAGAUGGCCAAGGAGAUCGAAGCUGCCGUCGGCGCUGCACUCGUGCACCUGACCCAGAGCACAAACACGGCCGUCAAGAUCGGAUACGCGGCCUUCACACCUCAGCAGAUCGCCGAGAACGCCGAGGCGGUGGCUACCGCUCUCGUGGAGAAAUUCAUCCCGCGCGGCAUUGACAACCUGCGUGCCUUGUACCUCAAGGGCCCCGAGACGGCGGCUCUGCCCAUCUGGCAGACUGAGGAGCUGUGGCUGGACGGAGACAAAGAUAUUCUUGCCGAGGGGUCAGAGGAGCUCAAGGCGCUCGAGGCAAAGGAGAAGGCCAACGUGGGCAAGAAGAGGAAGGCUCCUGCUGUUGAUGGGCAGUCGAAGGAGGAGGAGCAGGUUGAUGCCGCGGCCGAGGUGGAGAAGCCAGCAAAGAAGAAGAGCAAGAAGGCAAAAGUGGAUGCAGAGAGCAACGAUGCCAAGCUGGACGCCCAGAUCAAGGAGAGGAAGGAGAAGCUGAAGAAGCAGAAGAAGGCGGCCAAGGCGGCCAUGGAGGAAUGA